CAUUCCUGUUUUCCUGAAUUGAACAUUUAAGGAAGUUUUGAAUAGAACGUGUGUUUUUGAGGACUGUUUUCCACAAGAUGACCAUGAGGAUAGUGUUUGAAUGCUCCCUGGGUGCUAGAAUCUCAACGUGUUUCACAGAGGAAAUACAGACUUAACCUGUGACGUUUUUGACUCCAUUGAGUGUGGUGAACACAUUGUUUUUCAAACAGCUGAUACAAAUGACUAAACAUUGCCUCUCUUUUUCAGCGGAAGCCACUGGUACAGCGCUUAAAGUUGUGUCUCAUGUUAAUGGACUUGGGGUGGUCAAUGAGGGAUUUGAAACACAGGAGGAUGACAUUUCAGUUAGUAACAGAAGCAGUAUCAAAGAGGAGCACUCAAGAAAAGGAUUGGGAUUAUAUUUAAGUAAGGUUUGCAAGCCUAUUAAUGCCACAGAGGAUUACUUUAAUGCUCACGCCAAAACCAUCAAAUGCAUUGUACUGGGCUUGCUCGGAGCAGGCUAUGUGGCAUACUUCAUCACAGCCUGCAUAUUAGACUUUGAGAGGGCCAUUGCCCUUGUGGUCCUCACCAGUUUGGCAGUUGUCUCCAAAGCCUAUGACCUUGUGAAGACAUACCAUGGAGAUAGCAUAACCAAAUGUUUCAUACCAGCUCAAAGAUGCUUCAACAAUUUCCGGGGAUGGAUAAUAGGAGUUUUCGUUGUUGCGGUGCUGGUCCUGCUGGUGACUUGGCUCGUUGUGGACACAAGCAAGCGACCAGAGCAGCUCAUCUCAUUUGGAGGGGUCUGCAUGUUCAUUCUAGUCAUUUUCAUCUUCUCAGCCCACAGGACAGAGGUGGCAUGGAGGUCAGUCUUUUGGGGUCUUGGUUUACAAUUCUGUAUCGGACUGUUUGUCAUAAGGACAGAGCCAGGACUCACAGCCUUCCAAUGGCUUGGAGAACAAGUGCAGAUAUUCUUGAACUACACAAAAAACGGGUCAUCAUUUGUUUUUGGACCACUAGUAUCCGACAUCUUCGCAUUUCAGGCUUUGCCCAUUGUGAUAUUCUUCAGCAGUGUGAUGUCAGUCCUUUAUUUCCUUGGGAUAAUGCAAUGGCUCAUCAUUAAGAUCGCAUGGGUAAUGCAGAUAACGAUGGGAACCUCACCCACUGAGACCUUGAGUGUUGCAGGCAACAUAUUUGUUGGACAGACUGAAGCGCCAUUGCUGAUUCGCCCCUAUUUGAUGGACAUGACCAAAUCUGAAGUGCAUGCUGUCAUGGUUGGAGGCUUUUCCACCAUUGCAGGAAGUGUGAUGGGUGCAUUCAUCUCAUUUGGGAUUGAUGCAUCCUCUCUGAUCUCUGCCUCUGUAAUGGCUGCCCCAUGUGCCUUGGCAAUCUCCAAGCUGUCCUAUCCGGAGACAGAAGAGAGCAAAUUUACAUCAGAGGAAAAUAUCAAAGUGGCUUGUGGUGAUGAACAGAACAUUUUGGAAGCAGCUAGCAGUGGAGCAUCUACAUCAAUAGGCCUUGUUGCUAAUAUAGCUGCCAACUUGAUAGCAUUCCUUGCGAUACUAGCAUUCAUCAAUGCAUCUCUUGGCUGGCUGGGAGGCCUGGUGGGAUUUCCCUCUAUCACAUUUGAGAUAAUCUGUUCCUAUGUGUUCAUGCCUGUGGCCUUCAUGAUGGGGAUACCAUUUGAAGAGAGUUUCAUAGUAGCAGAACUCAUCGGCACCAAGCUCUUCCUCAAUGAGUUUCUGGCAUAUCAGAAGCUAUCAGAGUUGAAGACUAACAGAGUCAACGGUCUGGAUGAAAUGAUUGGCGAAGAGAGGCAAUGGAUCUCAGUCAGAUCAGAGAUCAUCUGCACUUAUGCUCUGUGUGGAUUUGCCAAUUUCAGCUCACUGGGGAUCGUAAUUGGAGGCCUUUCCUCCAUAUGCCCAUCCAGAAGAGCCGACGUCUCCUCUUUAGUAUUGAGAGCCCUGUUCACUGGGACCUGUGUGUCUCUGAUUAAUGCCUGUAUUGCAGGUAUUCUCUUUGUUCCUCCUCUUAACUGUUUGGAUGUUUUCGGGACGUCCUUUUUCAACACCACAAAUAUAGACCUAAAAAACUGCUGUACUGAUCUCUUUGGAAGCACUGUGAACAAUGGGACCAUCUCAUUUGAGGGCUCCUGGAGCACGGUGACCAACGCCACUUUGUACUUUACGAACUGCUGUGAUCUCUUUGAUUAUGCAGUUUGUAACUAGGUCUUCCUGUAAGUCCUUUUAUGUGUUAAUUACCAGUGAGUAGAUCAACUCAUUCAGCUCUUUGUAUGUACAAUAUAUAUUAUGUUUCAUAACUUUUUUUCACAUUUGAUUGUAUAUAUUUAUACUAUAAGUAAUGUAGAUUAAACUCCAUCCAGAGAUUCCAAAAGAAGAUAAAGCUUGUACAGAUAAAACAAGUCCUUUAACAGGUUUUUUAUUUCAUUUAUGAUAAAUAUAGUUCUUUAGUUCUAAAGAUUCACUCUUUCAUUCAAAGAGUCAGAGAACAGAUAUAUUGGAAAUCAAUGCAUAGAAAUGCUUAAAUGUGCUAAAUAAGGAUUGCAAAUUGUAAGAGUGGAUUAUUUGCAUUGAGUAAAUCAGUAAGUCAAAUUCUGCAUUGUAUCUAAAUAAACAGUAUGUGAAAAUAUGAA